AUGCGUUGUGGACCCCUGUGCCGAUUCCUGUGGCUUUGGCCCUAUCUGUCCUACAUUGAAGCUGUGCCCAUCCGAAAAGUCCAGGAUGACACCAAAACCCUCAUCAAGACGAUUGUCACCAGGAUCAAUGACAUAUCACACACGCAGUCCGUCUCCUCCAAACAGAGGGUCACUGGUUUGGACUUCAUCCCUGGCCUCCUCCCUGUCCUGAGUUUGUCCAAGAUGGACCAGACAUUGGCGAUCUACCAACAGAUCCUCACCAGUCUGCCUUCCAGAAAUGUGAUCCAAAUAUCUAAUGACCUGGAGAACCUCCGGGACCUUCUCCACCUGCUGGCCUCCUCCAACAGCUGCCCCUUGCCCCAGGCCAGAGCCCUGGAGACCUUGGAGAGCCUGGGCGGUGUCCUGGAAGCCUCCCUCUACUCCACGGAGGUGGUGGCCCUGAGCAGGCUGCAGGGGUCUCUGCAGGACAUGCUGCGGCAGCUAGACCUCAGCCCUGGGUGCUGA